AUGUCAGAAAAAAUAAAACUUGACGCUGGAAAUUUCGGUCGUGGGGUCUUUUGCGAAUCGUCGAUCGAAGAAAAUGAGCUUCUCAUCAGUGUGCCUAUCAACGCCUUGCUAACGACAAGAAAAGCGCAGCACGUCAUCGAGAGCGAUAAAUCAGUCUCUCAACUCAAAAGAUUCUCUCUCAACGGGACGGACCUUCUCGUCGUUGCCAUCUAUCUUGAGUUUUCAAAGCCCGAUUCGAAGUGGAGAGCUUUUUUGGAGUCGAUUCCCGAUGAGCUCUGGAAUCCUUUCAUGCUCGAGGAUAAGGAGCUCAAUUUGCUCACAGCUAAAGUCAGAUUACCUUCCAAAUGUCUGAAACAAAAGCUGAAAGUAGCAUCAAAUUUCCUUCAUCAAAACAAGAAUGAAAUCAACAAGGAGACAUUAGACUGGUGCUUUUCAGUUAUUCUCAGUCGGAGCUUUAGUGGCUCUCCAGAACGAUGUAAGGACGAAGGAGGGAUGAAGAUUGAAGUCGAAAACUCUGCGGAUUUCGUCCUUUGUCCAGCUAUCGAUUUGAUAAACCACCACCAGGACUUCAACUGCGAAUACAGAUGGAAUCAACAGAAGACAGCGUUUGAAAUCUUCGCCAAAACGAAAAUCGCUAAAGGACAUGAACUUUUUGUCAACUAUGGGACUUCGAAAACAGAUUUCGAUCUUUACAACUUCUACGGCUUCAUUCCCUUCUCCGAGGAUUUUCAAGUUGAGCUAGAAUUAGCAAGGAUCAAGAAGACUAUCUACGAUGAUAAAAAUAUCGACUUUCUUACCUCACAGUUGGAUAUGGUUUUCGCGAUGGAAAAGCUAGAAUCCCGCGAGUAUCUUAUCACACGAACAAAAUCAUCCGCAGACCUGGAUCGUCUUUCUAAGCGAAUCGCUCAGGUCACCGGAGAGAGUGCAUAUUCCGUCGUUUUUUCGAUCCUCAUCGACCGGCACCAGAAAAAUGAGGGCAGCAUGCUUAGGGUUUUUCACGGAAAGUGGUAUAUCAUUCAAUGGGCCUGA